GCCUAUGGGGUUUUCUGGAACAAUCCACGGAAUCGAGACUGAGGGGAAAUUAGGAGCAAAUAAAAAUGCAAGAAAAUCACCAAGGUCAAUUUAAGAUUAGAGGAGAGACGAUGGGAAAGGAGGGGGGGUUUGAUUGGGUCGAUGGAGGGGACACGACAGAGAGGCAGACCGACUGAAAGGGGAGGGAGGAGAGGAGGAUCGAGGGGGUGGAGGAGGAGACCAGGGGAGCGAAAAAAAGGCGACCACUGGAGGUGUAGGUGGGCGAGAGGAGCAAGCUGACAGCUUAAGCCCAAAGGGAAUAAAUGCGGUAUGCAGGAAAAAGAAUAGAUAAUAGCAAUAGUAGGGGUAGAAGAAUGACAGACAGACAGACAGUCAGUCAGUCAGUCAUGGAUCGAAGGGCAGUGCGAACAGUGGAAGAGGGAAAAGGGUCAGGACUCGGGAAGAGAUUUGCUGGCCGGAUUCAGACUGAUCAACCUGCGAACGAUUGGAUGAUAACACAUGGCUUACCAUUCGUCCGGGCGGGCCGGCUGGUGGGGUUCCAAGAGUAUAAUGUCGGCACAUCGGCUAUGGUGAGCCCGCCAAUCGAGGGCGAAGCACGCAUGCCACCUUUAUUGCUUCAAAUAUACGGACACUACGAAGAACUCGAGGCCAAGUACGGACAAUGGACAGUCCCAGCCAUCCACCUUGUGAAGACGGAGGCGGGACAAAAACUCCCCAACUAUCGAUCUUUCGCGAUAGUCAUCCCGCGGCUGAUCGUCCUCGCAGAUCGGGUAGCCUUCCAGAAGCCCCGAACCAGCCUCGGCUCCUCUCCUCCGUACCAGGGUGGGUGGCCACUGACAUCUGUCAUACCGAUGGAGCCAGCCAGCCCCACACAAAUUGAUCCCUCACUCGCACUAGCCCUCAGGUCGGUGACCCGUGCUCAAUUGUACAUGUACGUCGUUUCCAGACUUGGGGUCUACCAGCGGUCGAACCACCUACCUACCGGUGGCGUGGUCGUUCUCACUAGGGUGCCGAGCCGGUAUAAUGCUACCACGAUUACCGUUGCAUACACCAUUAGACAUGCUCCGAAUGCGAAACACGAUGCAUCAAAGCCACCAGCGCACUUCUCGAGGGCAACCACGAAGGACGGCUGA